AGUGAUUUUUGUUUUUUUUCUGGUCGCAGCGUCUCUGUGAUGCAUUUUUAUCUCUUGCCAAUGGAUGCUCAUAAAAGCCACCUAUGUGUGUCCUAGUCGGUUAAUGUUUAACGCAUCUCCGGCUUCACCCAGUCAGCCCAUGGCCGAUCAGCAUGAGUCCAUCGAUCUCACGUCUCCUCCCGUGGACUCGUCAGCAGCUGCAGGAUUCAGCUGGUUCCCUGCGCCCCCCCCACCCAUGUACUCCUGCACCCUGACCCCCGAGCUGGUGCACAAAGCACGGGAGGAGCUCCAGGAGAAGCCAGAGUGGCGUCUGCGGGACGUCCAAGCACUGAGAGACAUGAUUCUGAAGGAGCAGCCCAACCUCAGGACCCGGCUGGAUGACGCCUUCCUGCUGCGCUUCCUACGGGCCAGGAAGUUUGACUACGACCGUGCCAUGCAGCUGCUGCUCAACUACCACGCGGGUCGGAAAGCCUGGCCUGAAGUGUUCCAGGACCUGAAGCCGUCCACAGUGAAGCACGUCCUGGACCUGGGCUUCCUCACAGUGCUGCCACAGCCCGACCCCAGCGGGAGAUACAUCCUCUGUCUACGCCCAGGGAAAUGGAAACCAAAUGAUUAUCCGUUUGUUGACAAUGUGCGAGCCCUCUAUCUGACUCUGGAGAAGCUGAUCCAGCCGGAGGAGACGCAGGUCAACGGUAUUGUCAUUUUAGCCGACUACACCGGAGUGGGCAUGUCACAAGCGUCCAAUCCUGGCCCGUUCCUCGCCAAAAAAGUCGUGAGCAUCCUCCAGGAUGGGUUCCCAAUCAGAAUCAAGGCUGUUAACAUAAUAAAUGAGCCCAGGAUUUUCAAAGGCAUCUUUGCUAUAAUUAAGCCUUUUCUGAAGGAGAAGAUGGCAGAGAGGUACGUCCUGCACGGCUCCGACCUGCGCUCUCUGCACAAAAACGUCCCCCGCUCGGUGCUGCCGGAGGAGUACGGCGGCUCGGCCGGACAGCUGGACCUGUGUUCGUGGUCCAGGGUGCUGCUGGGCUGUGAGGAGGAGUUCAUCGUGGAGUUCUGCCAGCCCGACCCACUAGAGGGCGUGGUGCUGCCAGACUCCAUGCUGUUUGAAGGGGAGGCCAGGGGGCAGGACGACGACUCCUUCAGGGGGCUGCGCUCUCAACUCUACUACUGUUACUGAAACACUCUGAGAGGACUCCUUCUGUCUCAUCUGAAACAUGUGUGUCGACUUUUAAAGAGCAAGUUGCCAAUAUCAUACAUGAUUUAUUUUCCUUACUAACUAACUAAGCAGCACUAUACUGUAGGUGGAAAGUCUAUUGUAGAUCACACGUAGCCCAGCAUUUAGUCGUGGUCCUAAGGCUAAGAGGCUUUUGACACGAUGCAUGUUGGGCCAUUAUAGUGGCCCCUCUGUGGAGUUAUAUCUGGAAGUUAAAGGAUAGGUUCAUGUUUUGCCAUUCAGUUCACAUGUAAAUGAAAUGCUAUUUAGUCCCAACCUACGUGGUUAAUCUGUGUCCUCAAUGUCCUAUGAGGGGCUACUGGCAACUGCAUAUUUUUUGUUCUACAGUAGUACCUUGAAUUAAUUGUUUUCAUUAAGAACUCAUUGCAUUCCUCAUUUGGAUGUGGUACGACACAGAGGGGCGACUGUUUUUUCCAAAUUACAAUGACGGACCCUUAAAGGUAGGGUAGGUAAGAAUGGAGAAACCAGCUCGAGUGCGCUAGAAUUUGAAAAUACGCAGCCGAAAAAAAUCUGCCCCUUCCUUCAGACUUCCUUACAGAGCCCCUCCUCCAACACACACAAACACGCACAUGACCAAUGAGGGCACGAGAUAAGUUUGUGCACAGAUGGAAGGCUGACAGGCAGGUAGGCCAUCCACUUAUUUUAGCCGGAAAAAUAAUUGGUUCUGCUUUUUACAGUGUCACGGCUUCCACAGAUGACAUUUUUUUAUGUAUUUAUUGUCGAGGUAUUUAAUAUAUUCAUUGCUAUCGGGAUGUUAAGAGCAUUCCAUGGAAUAUAAAAAAAAUGUUUCUGAAGUGAAUUACCUACCCCACCUUUAAGAGGUUAGCGGAGAUGCUGCAGUAGCAUCAGUUAUAUCAGAAUUGGAGAGUAUUAUUUAAUUGAAGAAAAACAAAAAAGGCUUUUCUAAAUGUCAUAGAUGUUUUCAGCUUUUUCUCCCAACAGAUAGUUGAUCAAAUCAUGAGCCUUCAGCAGUACUAGUUAAGCAACUCCGUUUGGUACUAAAAACAAUGUCCAGGGACUUUCAUACUAAAACACUAAAAUGUUGAUGCUACCAUCUUGAUUUGGCUAACAGGCUGCUAAAGCCUCAUUUUGGAUCUGGUUGAACUUUGAAAAUACAGGACCGUCGAUCUGUUAUCAGCCAGUACAGGGGACAGAAACGGAGUCAAUGCACAUACUGUAUGGGCAUGUCUGUAUUGUUUAAAAGUAGGAAUGGAAAAGUGUGAACCUCUCCUUUAAUUUAAUCAAAAUUACAUAAGUCAUUUACUGGCCAUCAGUGCUCUGUCUUUAUAGUAGCAUCACCCCACAACUCAACAUGUUUUGUGUAAAUAACUGUAUAAUAUUUUGCCUUAAACUGUUGAUUUCCCAUGUGGUAUAAAUCAUGUUGGAUUUGUUUGUACCAAAGCAAUAUUCAUGUGUUUUCUCAACCGGGCCUUCCUUACAUAAGGGUGGAUUUACUACAAAUUGAUGGCUGCUGUAACUGAGAGAACAAUACAUUAUAUUUAACAGUAUUUCCUGUCUAACUUUAACACAGUAUUUGAAGUCCUUUGUUUUGGUGAUGCUUAUGUUUUCUUUGCUUUGCCUUGUGUUUUUUUUUAUUUUUGUUUUUCAACUGUUUGCUCUCAUCACUCAGUCUUAACACGGGGCCAUCACUGAUCAAAGGAGUCACAUGAGGUAUAAAACUGGUUUGCCAAAUUUCCCACCAGGCCAUGUACAGAAAUGUGCAAUAAUGUUGGAUCUGUUUCCUCGGGGUAGCCCGAAGCUAACUUGUAUAUUGAUUGUCUUUUAUAUUUUUAUUUUGAGCAUGUCUGUGACUAUAAGAUAUAUUGUGUUUCAGGAUAUUGCUGGUAGUAAAGACCAUAAACUGAAGCAGA